AUGGACUUGGAUCGAGCGGCGGAUGAUGGCGACACACUACGUGUCCAAGCACUAAUAGAUGAUGGAGCGAAUGUAAAUGCACGCAACAAGUUCGACAACAACAGGACACCAUUGCAUGUUGCUUCUGAAGCAGGCCAUGCAAAUGUAGUUGAAAUCUUGUUUCAGAAUGGUGCGAAUGUGGAUGCUCUUGAUGAAUUCAGUCGUACUGCAUUGCAUGUUGCAUGCGCAGAAGGCCAUGCGAAUGUUGUUGAAAUAUUGUUGCGGAAUGGUGCGAAUGUUAAUGCUGUUGAUGACACGAAUCGUACUGCAUUACACGAAGUGUGUGAUUUAUAUCCAGAAAGUGAUGCGAAUGUGGUUGAAAUCUUGUUGCGGAAUGGUGCGAAUUUGAACACUGAUGAAGGUAACUGGACACCGUUGCAUGGAGCAUGCGUGAGCAAUCAUGCCAAUAUUGUUGAACUAUUGCUGCAACAUGAGGACAUUGUUGUGGACGAUGAAGUCAGCAGUAGUGAAUUGAACAGUCGUAGUACGUCAUUUGGAGGCCGAAGUCGUGGGAAGAUUGUGGAAUUAUUGGUUCUGAAUGGCGCAGAUUUAAAUGCCAGGGAUUGCGCUGAUGAAACGCUAUUACACGGAGCUUGCGAGUUUGGUGACCUCGACUUUGUUGAAGCAUUGCUGGACAAUGGUGCCGACAUGGAACUAGUGAACGAACAUGGGCAUUCUCCUCUGCACCAUGCUUGCUCAAAUAGACAUCGGGGGGUGGUUCAAUUACUGUUGGACCGAGGUGCCAAUAUGGAAGUGCACGCCGAUCAUGAAGGUACCCCAUUGCAUCAAGCAGGGCUUCAUGCAUAUGUUGAUGUGGCUGAGCUCUUGCUAAGUCGUGGUGCAAAUUUGGAAGCAAGGGACGAGAGUGGCCACACAACUUUGUGUAAUCAAUUCUUCCUCAAUGGCUCUAUCUCUGUCGAAAUGGUGGAAUUGUUGAUGGACCAUGGCGCUAACUUGGAGGCAAGAAAUGACUUUGGCGACACGUCCUUGCACUUAGUUUCUGAAAGUCCGCGCUGGAGGUAUGAUACUAUUGAACGUGCUCGGCUAUUGCUGGACAGGGGUGCCAACAUCGAAGCAAGGAACAAUGACCUUUGCACGCCUUUGCAUGUGGCUUGUUCCGGAGGAAAUGAGUUGGGUGUUGUUGUUCUUCUUUUGGACCGAAAUGCCAGUUUGGAAGCAAGGAACAAUAACGACAUGACACCUUUGGAUAUUGCGUGUUCCAACGGCAUUGUCGAAGUUGUUCGUUUACUUUUAAACCACCAAGCAGUUGCUGAUUCGUUGGAAACGAUGAACGAUAUGGGAUGCAGGCCGUUGCAUUUUGCAGCUCUCAACAAUCGUACUGAUGUUGCUCGCCUACUUCUAGAUCGGGGUGCCAUAGUAGAUUCCAAGACCCUUGCAAGGACGACACCGCUGUCCUUGGCAUGUCAAAAAGGCCACGUGGAGAUGGUAUGGCUGCUGGUGAGGCGAUGCCCAUGGCUUGUAGAUGGACAAUUAUAA